AUGCGUCUCCUCGACGUGGACUCCGUCCUCUCCACCGAACACCAACCAAGACUGGAAGAAUACCUCGGUCAUGUCCCGGAGUAUGCCAUCCUCCCUCAUACCUGGGGCGCAGACGAAGUCCUGUUCGAAGAUAUCGAGAAAGGCACAGCUCGUCAGCGAAAAGGUUUCCGGAAGCUGCUGUACACCGCCCGUCAAGCAAAAGAGCAUGAUAUCAAGUACAUCUGGGUCGACACGUGCUGUAUCGACAAGCCUAGCAGUGCCGAGCUUCAGGAGGCCAUCAACUCCAUGUAUGCGUGGUACAAGGUAGCAAGUAUAUGCUACGCCUUUCUGGAGGAUGUAGCUAGCAAGUCUUUGGACACUUUCGGCAAACUGGACGAUGCCAACACGCUGGCUGUGCUCUCCGGGGCCAGAUGGUUCACUCGAGGCUGGACGUUACAAGAGCUGCUGGCUCCACGCAUUCUGAUUUUCUUCUCGGCAGAGUGGACUUGUCUUGGUGGUCUCUGGAACCAGGAAUGGUCAGAGCUGAUCGGCAGGGAGAAAGACAACUUCGGACUAUUUCCAUCUUUGCCCGCCGUGGUCUCGGACAUCACAGGUAUCGAGCAUGACUUUCUUGAAGGCAUCUGA